AUGAAAGACUUUCUCUCGGGCGAGCGAUUCUCGGACAUGAUAAUCACCUACCAAGGGCAAGCGUCCAAAGUCCACCGUUUCAUUAUAUGCAAACAGCCAUCGUUCUUCGAGACUGCCUUGACUUGGCCCUUCAAGGAAUCAUCGAAACAGACUGUUGACUUGCCCGAUGACGAUCCGGAGACGAUUGAUAGUAUCAACGGUUGUCAGGAAGAUGGGCAUACAGUGCCGUUGGAUGGUAUAUCGGAGCCAGAACAAUCAGAAGACGAGACUACUACAAGCGAGCCAGCAGAUGUUGAUUCCAUAAGACCAAGUGGGAGCAAUCACGUCCAAGUCUAUAUUUCUGCAGACAAAUUUAGGAUUGUCAGCCUGAAGUCCCUUGUUAGAAAGAAACUUGCUCAGUGGACAAAUGCCAACCGGGAUUCUCCAACAUUUGUUGAGAUAGUACGAGAGGUGGUGAGCUCAGUGCCUCCGCAUGACUUGGGUCUUCAAGAUGUGAUUGCCGGUGUUAUAUAAAAGCACGUUAUUGCCCUUGUGGAGAAGGGGACAAUUAUACAGCUACAAAGGCUUUGGAAAUAUUGGGUCUGAGGUUAUUAGCCAACUGGUGAGGAGCAAUAUGGUUAGGGAAACAGAAAGAUUACGCAAGGCCUCUGCACCGGAUCCCACAAAAUUGGAUGGUAUGCGUUGUUGCGGAUUCUGCAGAGAAAGGCUAAAUGUGAGGUUUGGAAAUGGAGAGUAUCAAUAUGGUACUCUACGUUGCGGUUCGUGCCGUAUGCAGGUUUGAUCUCACGGAUAUCGUGUUGCUUCCGAUUAUGGUAGUUGAUAUGAUACAUUAAUCCAAGACCUUCAUGCUAUCGAUAC